AUGAAAAUAGUGAACCAAGCUAAUGUGAUUAAGUUCAUCAAAGAAGAUAUAAUUCAUAGAUUUGGCAUACCAGAAUCUAUUACUGCCGAUCGCGGGACAGUAUUCACUGGUGAAGCAGUUGAAACAUUCGCCAAGGAGUAUGGGAUCAAGCUCACUCAUUCAACCCCAUAUUUUGCUCAGAUAUCAAAGAGAUCUAGUAUUGGAACUACACCUUUCACACUAACAUAUGAGCACGAUGUUGUUCUACCCAUGGAAGUAACUGUGAGAUCUCUACGGAUUGCCCAGCAACACAACCUUACUCCGGCCGAAUACAGUCAAGCCAUGAUGCAAGAGAUAGAAGAAUUGGACAAAGUGAGAUUGGCUGCACUAGAUCAUCUCCAAGUACAGAAGAAGGCUGUGGCAAGGGCAAAUAACAAGAGAGUGCGAUUCAGGGACUUCAGCGAAAGGGACUUAGUGUGGAAUGCAAUCCUACCAAUCGGUUCCAAAGAUUCGAAAUAUGGCAAAUGGUCUCCUACCUAG